UUGAACUGGCGCUAUUUGUCGUGUCGUAAACAGCUCCGCAAAUCGUUAUUUUCCUAUUGUUUUCGUUUAAAAACUAUUAUUUUGACAAUAAAUGCUUACACUUGACAGCCGCUGUUGGAGUUGCAGUGGGAGUGCCACAUUUGGCAGGCCCCAAAACGGUAGUUGACGUGAUUUAUACGUGACAUGGAUGACGACUAUGCGCUCGCCCUGCAGCUUCAGGAGCAGUUCGACCAUGAAGCGAACGACGCGGAGCUGGACGGCGGUUACGGCGGGGGCGGGCCGCUGGUCCCCUGGAAGCCCGAGAAACCGUUGUCCAUCGUGGACGCGUCGUGGGAGACGCUGGACCCCACGCCCGACGUGCGCGCGAUGUUCCUGGAGUUCAACGACAGGUUCUUCUGGGCCAAACUCAGCGGCGUGGAGGUCAAGUGGAGCCCCAGGAUGACCCUGUGUGCCGGCGUGUGUUCUUACGAGGGUCGCGGUGGACUUUGUUCGAUCAGACUCAGCGAGCCUCUGCUCAAGCUCAGACCCCGGAAAGACCUGGUGGAGCGGUGCUGUAUAUCGUUGUGUGGUCAGACCCUGCUGCACGAGAUGAUCCACGCGCUGCUGUUCGUGACGCAGAACAACCGAGACCGCGACGGCCACGGGCCCGAGUUCUGCAAGCACAUGAACCGCAUCAACAAGGAUGCCGGCACCAGCAUCACCGUGUACCACAACUUCAACGACGAAGUGGACGUGUACCGCCAGCACUGGUGGCGCUGCGACGGCCCCUGCCAAACGCGCAAGCCCUACUUCGGGUUCGUCAAGAGGGCCAUGAAUCGGGCCCCCUCGGCCCUGGACCCCUGGUGGGGGGACCACCAGAGGACGUGCGGGGGCAACUACACCAAAGUGAAGGAGCCCGAGGGCUACGGCAAGAAGGAGGCCAAAAAAGACAGAAAGAUGCUCGUCAUUGAAAAAUCUGCGGGAGCUCGGGACAUUCGGGACGUGAUCGCGUUCAGCGGCAAAGGCUUCGUCCUGGGCGGGAAUCCCUCCUCCGCGUCUUACUCCCCAGGCCCCGCCUCCUCCUCUGUCAGUAAACCCGUCACGCCUUCGCCUCCAGCUCGAGUCGUUCCCGCGGUCAGACCGCCGGCGACGCAGGGCCACAAGACGCUCGCCAAGAAGUCGGUCGGUAACACUAGCGUGUUUGUCAACAUUAAUGGAUCGCCGGUCAGGAUCGCCAAGCCUCAUGGCGGACGCGGCGACGACGACGACGGCGUUGGCGGUCGUGACGUCGGGGGCUUCGCUGGCCGCAGCGGCAUUAGUGGUCCCGGCAUUGGCGGCGGUGUUGGUGGAGGCGACGGCGGUCACGGUGUUUUUAGUCGAAGGGUUGGCGGCAGCGACGUUGGCUGUCGUGGCAUGGGCAGCGUUGGUGGCGGUCGCGGCGCUGGCGGUGGCAAGAAUGAAGAUCCGAAUAGACUGAAGCAGACGUCCAUUGGUAUUUUCUUCAACAACAAGUCGACAAAUUCAUUCAUCACAGACUCACCAAUGAAAACAAAUUCCACGACUUUGACUUCAGUCGCUCCAUCGGCUUUUAAUAAUCAUCUUAAUUACGAUAAAUUGACCUCAUCGCCUUCUCCGUCCGAGCGUCCGGGCAACGCCGCCGCUACCACGCCUCAGUGGAAGAAGAAGAGACCUCUGGACGACUCGGCCGGCGUCUUCGAGCUCUUCAACAAGAGGCUGAAGAUGGAAUCUGAAGGACACGAGGACUCGACGCCAACGAGUAUCUACGCCGCCGCAUCGUCGUCGUCUUCUGUGGCGGUGACGGUCCGGUGUCCCGUGUGUCAGGCCGGCGUGCAGGAGUCCGACAUCAACGAGCACCUGGACUCCUGCCUCUGCUGAAACAGCAGAAUGACCAGAGGUCGUAGGUCAUUAUUAGUUCCUGUGUUUGUCGUUUCCGCGCUGCGUCACACUGACAGCUGUUCCUAAUAUUGUGACAGUCAUGUCGCUUGAGAAAAGUAUUGAAAAUUCAAGUCGAGGUCUUUAUUUUAACAAGUGCAUUUCUAAUGAGCAUGUAUGGCAGUGUUACUUAUAGUGAGGCUUCAAGUAUUCAUUUGUUACAGGUACAGGCUUUUAUUGGAGAGGAGAUCUUCACAAAUGCAAUCAUCAAAUUAUUUGUUUGUUAGAGUUAAGGCGUAAAUUCGAGAAAAGGUCUCCCUUUGAAGAAAUAUUUAGUGGUCUUGUCAAGUGAAGUCCAAGUGCAUUCAUUUUGUUGGAGGCGAGGUGUUUAUUGGAGAGGAGGUGUUUAUUUUAACAAAUGUAUUUUUGAUGAUAAUAUUCAGGUAAGGCAUUUCGGAGGUCUUUAUUUUAAGAGCUGAUAACGAUAAGAUUUUUUAACAUGAUCCCAAAAUGAUUCCAUUUCUUAGAAGUAAGGCACUUAUUAGAGGCCAGGUCACAAAAUGUGUCUCGCAAAAGAAUUCUUUGAGGCUUUACGAAGCAGGAGAAGAUCAAAAUAUUAGAAAACGCCAUCAGUGUAAUGCAGUACAAGAAACUACAUCCACAAUUAUAAUAGUAAUAUAAUAAAAAUAAUGUGUUUGGGGGACAGUUGAAGUGUUUUGCACUAAAUAUCCAGUUUGAAAGUCCAUGUGUUUAUCAUGUUUACCAUUAUUACUGAGACACGUUUUGCCUUUAAAAACAAAAAAGUUACGCGUUGGUUUCUACUUGAAGUCUUUUUCAAUUGCUGUUUAACAUCAAAUAUAGCUUUUAUAUAUUUGUACCAGUUCACUUUUAUGUGUUUUCACAGUUUGAAAUGUUAAUAAAGUUUUGUUCUUUAUUCAA